AUGGGUGCUGGGUCGGUCAGGUUCGCUUCGACCCAGGCCGCCGGCCAGACGACGACGCCCUUCCUGGCCAGCAGGACGGCCGCCUACACAUCGACGGCCGUCGCUGUGGGAACUCUGGCCUGGUACCAGCACAUGUACGGCUCUGGGCUUCCCUUCAUCGACACGGCCCAUGCCAACAUGAUCGACGAAGGUCUCCACCCUCCCAAGCACGAGUGGCCUCACUCGGGCCUCUUUAGCUCUUACGACCACGCCUCGAUCCGUCGUGGGUACCAGGUCUACCGAGAGGUGUGCUCGGCUUGCCACUCUCUGAACCGUAUUGCAUGGCGAAACCUGGUCGGUGUCUCGCACACCGUCGACGAGGUCAAGGCCAUGGCCGAGGAGAACGAGUACGAGGAUGGCCCCAACGACGAGGGCGAGAUGUUCCAGCGCCCGGGAAAGCUGGCCGACUACAUGCCUGCACCUUACCCCAACGACGAGGCUGCGCGGGCGGGCAACAACGGUGGUCUGCCCCCGGACCUCAGCCUGAUCACCAAGGCCAGGCAUGGUGGUGCGGACUACAUCUUCUCGCUCCUGACUGGCUACACGGACCCCCCUGCUGGCUUUGACGUCCCCGAGGGCCUCAACUUCAACCCAUACUUCCCUGGCACAAAGAUCGCCAUGGCCCGAGUGCUCUACGAUGGACUUGUUGAGUACGAGGAUGGAACGGAGGCGACGACGAGCCAGAUGGCCAAGGAUGUUGUGGAGUUCCUCAACUGGUCAUCGGAGCCGGAGCUCGAUCAGCGCAAAAGGAUGGGCGCCCAGGCCAUUGCUGUUCUCUCUGUCCUCUUCACGAUGAGCAUCUGGCUCAAGCGAUUCAAGUGGGCCAGCGUCAAGAGCAGGAAGCUUACCUAUGCGCCCCCCAAGGGCCACUAA